AUGGAACAUCUUGAUAAUUUGAUGAAUAUACCUCGUCAUAUUGAUAAAAUGAUGAAUGCACAAUCUUCAGAAGAAAAGCAGAAGAACAGAUUGCGGCUUACAGCAACUAUUGAAAGCAUUCGAUGGCUUACUUUACAAGCAUGCGCAUUUAGAGGGCAUGAUGAAUCUCCAUCUUCUAAUAAUCGUGGAAAUUUUAUUGAGAUGAUACAAUUUAUGGGAAAAAUGAAUGAGAAUAUUGGGGACAUUGUCUUAGAGAAAGCUCCAAAAAAUACAAAGUAUACUUCACCAGAUAUUCAGAAAGAUAUUUUGAAUAUUUUUGCCAAUCAAGUGAGAACUAAGAUUCGUAAAGAAAUCGGGGAUGCAAAAUUUUGUAUUUUAGUUGAUGAAGCAAGAGAUACAUCUAACAAAGAGCAUAUGGCUAUUGUAUUAAGAUUUGUGGAUAUUGAUGGUUUUUUACGAGAGCGGUUCUUUGCUAUUGUACAUGUGACUGACAUAAUUGCUGCAACACUUAAGAAAAAAAUAUCUGAAACUCUUGGCUGUUAUGACUUGCAUAUCUACAACAUGCGGGGACAAGGAUAUGAUGGUGCUAGCAAUAUGCGUGGCUCUUGGAAUGGAUUACAAGCUCUAUUCUUGAAAGAUUGUUCAUGUGCAUAUUAUGUACAUUGUUUCGCUCAUCGACUUCAACUAGCAUUAACUGCAGCUGCUGAAAAAGAGGUAUCCAUUUGGUUAUUCUUUUCAAAAUUGAAUUCCAUUUGUAAUCUCUUUAAUGCGUCUCCUAAACGUCAUGUUGAGUUACUUUCUGCUCAAAAAGAUGAAGUUGCGCAUAUGGUAGCUAUUGGUGAACGUGAUACUGGUAGAGGAUGUAAUCAAAUUGAAAAUUUACUACGGCCUGGAAAGACUCGCUGGAGUUCUAAUUUUGACUCAAUUUGUAACAUGAUUGAUAUGUAUAGUUCUGUGAUUACCGUAUUAGAAAACAUGGUGUAUGAUGGGUCCUCUAACUCCAUCCGUGGUGAAGCUAGUGGUUUGCUGAUAGCGAUGAAGUCUUUUGAUUUCAUAUUCAUAUUACAUUUGAUGCAAAAGAUAAUGGGGUUAACAAAUCUGCUUUGUCGAGCAUUGCAAGAGAAAUCUUUAGAUAUUUUAAAUGCAAUGGACUAUGUUUCAACUACUAAAAUUUUGCUUCAGACUUUGAGAGAAGAAGGAUUUGCUAUUCAACUUACUUAUGUGAAAGAAGUUUGUGCCAAGUAUGACAUUGAGAUACCUCAAAUGGAAGCUCGUUAUAAAUCUGCUACAGGUCGUUCUUGUCAACAAAAUGAUUCAAUCACAGUUGAGCAUCACUAUCGAUUUGAUGUAUUUACUGCUGCAAUAGAUUUUCAAGUUGAAGAGCUUAAUAGUAGAUUCAAGGAUGAGGCAGUGGAACUUCUUAAGCUUAGUUGUGCUUUGGAACCUAAAGAAAACUUUAAGCUUUUUAAUGUUGAUCACAUCUAUCGACUUGCUGAGAAAUUCUAUCCUCUUGAUUUUGAUACACAAGAUUUACACCACUUGAGAAUGUAA